GAGGCGGAUCAGUGCGUGGCUUGCGCCCACUACAAGGACGCGCAGCAGUGCGUGCGGCGCUGCCCCAGCGGGGUGAAGGCGGACGCCUCCUUCGUGCCCAUCUGGAAAUACCCCGACGAGGACGGCGUUUGCCAGCUCUGCCCCACCAACUGCACCCACUCGUGCACCAUCCGGGACGAGGACGGCUGCCCCGUGGACCAGAAGCCGAGCCAGGUGACGUCCAUCAUCGCCGGCGUGGUGGGGGCUCUGCUGGUCGUUGUCCUCCUGCUCAUCACCGUGGUCUGCGUCAAGCGCCGGCGGCAGCAGGAGAGGAAGCACACCAUGCGGCGCCUGCUGCAGGAGACCGAGCUGGUGGAGCCGCUGACGCCCAGCGGGGCCCUCCCCAACCAAGCCCAGAUGCGCAUCCUGAAGGAGACGGAGCUGAAGAAGGUGAAGGUUUUGGGCUCGGGCGCUUUCGGCACCGUCUAUAAGGGCAUCUGGAUCCCGGAUGGGGAGAGCGUCAAGAUCCCGGUGGCCAUCAAGGUGUUGCGGGAGAACACCUCCCCCAAGGCCAACAAGGAGAUCCUGGACGAAGCCUACGUGAUGGCGGGGGUGGGCAGCCCCUACGUGUCCCGGCUGCUGGGCAUCUGCCUGACGUCCACGGUGCAGCUGGUGACGCAGCUGAUGCCCUACGGCUGCCUGCUGGACUACGUGCGGGAGAACAAGGACCACAUCGGCUCCCAGGACCUCCUCAACUGGUGUGUGCAGAUCGCCAAGGGGAUGAGCUACCUGGAGGAGGUGCGCUUGGUGCACCGCGACCUGGCUGCUCGCAACGUGCUGGUGAAGAGCCCCAACCACGUGAAAAUCACCGAUUUCGGGCUGGCCCGGCUGCUCGACAUCGACGAGACCGAGUACCACGCUGACGGUGGCAAGGUGCCCAUCAAGUGGAUGGCGCUGGAAUCCAUCCUGCGCCGCCGCUUCACCCACCAGAGCGACGUCUGGAGCUACGGUGUCACCGUGUGGGAGCUGAUGACAUUUGGGGCGAAACCGUACGACGGGAUCCCGGCGCGGGAGAUCCCCGACCUGCUGGAGAAGGGCGAGAGGUUGCCGCAGCCGCCCAUCUGCACCAUCGACGUCUACAUGAUCAUGGUGAAAUGCUGGAUGAUCGACUCGGAGUGCCGGCCCAAAUUCCGCGAGCUGGUGACCGAAUUCUCCCGCAUGGCGCGGGACCCGCAGCGCUUCGUGGUCAUCCAGAACGACAUGAUCGGGCUGCCCAGCUCCAUGGACAGCACUUUUUACCGGGCUCUGCUGGAGGAGGAGGACAUGGACGACCUGGUGGACGCCGAGGAGUACCUGGUGCCCCACCAGGGCUUCUUCAGCGCCGACACCGCCACCGCCUACCGCAGCCGCAUCUCCUCCACGCGGAGCACGGCGGAGACCCCAGCGGACGGGGAGGAGGGCGAGGAGCAGGUUUUGGUGGAGGGGCCCGAGGGGCCGGUGCCGGAGGUUUUGGAUGGGGAGGGGGGGGCCAAAGGGACCCUACAGAGCCCCCCCGCCACGCGCUACAGCGAGGACCCCACCGGGCUGUCGGGUGACGAGAGCGAGGGCUUGGACCCCGAAGGCUUCCUCCCCCCGGCCCCCUGCAGCACCAUGCCAGAGUACGUCAACCAGGCCGGGGAGCGGCUGUCCCCCCCCCGGCACCCCCGCACGCCCCCGUCCCCGCUGGAGAAACCCAAAAGCCACGCGGGGAAGAACGGGCUCAUCAAGGACCCCAAACACCCCUUCCCCCCCCCGGGACCCUUUGGCCGCGCCGUGGAAAAUCCCGAAUAUCUGACCCCCCCCGGGCUGCCGGCCCCUGGUUCCUUCAGCCAAGCCUUCGACAACCCCUACUACUGGAACCAGGACCCCCAAAAAAGCAGCAGCCCCGAGGGGGGGCCCGUCACCACGCCGGCAGCCGAAAACCCCGAAUACCUGGGCCUGGCCGAGCCCCCCCUGCGCCCCGAGGAUGCGGCCGUGUAGGGCCGGGACCCCAAAAGAGCCCCCCCCGACCCCCAAAUCGUUGGCAGAGCUCGGGGAGGAGGCGACGGAAAUGGGGAGAGCCCCAGGACGCUGUGGGACAGCGCGGUGGCAGCGUGGGGGAAGGCAGAGGGGGCACCCCGCUGCCUCCUGGACCCCCCCAAAAAAAAGGGACCCCAAAAACCCCGCUGGAUUUGGGGGCUCGGGCUGCGGAGCUCGAGGGCUGAGGAUGCCAAGGGACGAGCGGGGCCGGCGCUGGCAGCACCGCGGUGGGACAGCGGGAGCACGGUGCCACCCCGCUCCCCAAAACUCUUCCAAAACCCCAAAACCGCGACCCCACGACCCCAUAACCCCCCCCCCCCCCGGUGCAAAGCGGCGCCGGGCACAGCGACUUGCACUGAGAGCAGGCCCCGGGCUCCUGCUGGAAGCCCCCCCCCCGGGGCUGUGGAUUUGAGAAUUGUAUUUUGGGUUUUCUA